GUCGUGAAUGUUAAAAUAUUAGGAAUUGAUUUAUUAUAUCAUGGAUGCAUAAAUUGAUUUAAGGUCCAUUCCUCAUGGACUCCAUCCUUAAUGGGGCCCAGUUCUUAUGGAUGCCAUAAUGUCCUAAUGGGCCCCAGUUCUCAUGGUUAUGUUGGGGACUUUAUACAGUGGUCCUAAUUUGACUCCAGUUAUUAUAGUCCGUAAUCUUUAUGUUUAAGAAGGCUGAGGUUAGAAUAGGUUAAAUUAGGUUAUGUUAAGUUAGGUUAGAUUAGGUUAAGGUUUUGCUAAGUUAAGAUAUGGUCAGGUAGGAGUCUGUGUUAGCAUACAAGCCUCGGUGCCUCCUCAUGCUAGGGUUGGUGCCAUUGCUCAUCACUUAACACUGCAGCUGUGUCCAGACGUCACUGGUCAUGUAACUUUACUAACUUGGAGCUUCAGUAUCUGUUAAGCCAAGUGUCCUGUGUUGAGCAGGUGCUGAGGACCUCUUCUGCUUGGUGGUCUUGGAGUGCUGUGAUUGGUCGAGGAGAGUCAUAAUCUAUCAAGGAACACUGUGAUCUGUCUAGAAGUAUUGUGAUUGGUCUUGGAAAACUACGGGCAGCCAGAAAGUACCAUCAUAGGUCUAAAAGCCCGACAAACCGGUCUAGAAGCACUGUGAUUGGACUCGCGGUGUCACAAACUGGUCUAGACUGUUGACUGUCAGGAUGAGAGGGAAGACGCUGUUGCUGUUGUCUGUCUGUGCCUGUCUGUUUAGUCAGUCGGGGGGGAUGCCGACGAAGGAAGACCUCUGUGGCCUGGUGGUGGAUAUGGUGGUGAAGGACGAGUGUCUUGACUGUUUCACCCAGGCUGGUAACAUUACUGUGAACCCUGAAGGUGUAAGGUCCUGUGUCGCUACCUACCUGCCACCUACUGUAGCCAACUGUGCCGUGCCUCACCCUGAACAACGCCUACUGGUUUCAGUUAUGGAACGUAUACAACAGAAGCCGCCGUCACAACACCACAACCACACUAACGCCAACCUCCUUCCCAACUGUCUUAACCGGAGGCUGAGAGACGUAUCCCGCUACCUCAGGAAGGAGAUGAGGUUCACAGAGCAGGCCGGCAAGAUGGUGAAGAAUGUGGUGAUGGCUAAUUUGAUCCGAGAUGGAGGUCCUGCUCUACUCAACCUCGAGGCCCAGGAGAGCAUCCUGGAAAUUCCGGAGGUCCAGAGGCUGGUCGAGACAUAUGCUGCUGGUUGUUUUGAUAGAAGUAACUCACAGGUUCGAGCACUAAACUCUGAGGACGAGGAGGAGGAGGAGGAGGAGGAUGCUGUCAAGGCCUUCAUAAGACAGAUGGAGUACAAGAUGCUGGAGGAUGACCUAAAUGAGGAGGAGGAGCUGCGAGGGUUAAGAGCAAAAUAUGGUAAUGACCUGCCGUUUGGGGGGACCAACUGCCUUGUUCACCGCAUCUUAGUUGGCAGUUGUUUGAUCGACUCCUUGGUUAAGAAUGGAGGCGCCAUGGACUUGAUCCGCAUCUUGCAAAAUGACGAGUUCUUCUAUCCCAUUCCUCAGUGGUGGAUGAAGCCAUUACUCACAGUGUACAAGUCAGAGAUGAGUGUGUGGUACUAGUGUUGACCAGAGGGAGGAGGCGGGUGUGAGAGGUCCUUCCAUCUGGCCCACGACGCCUUCAGGAUGGUCACACAGAGGAAGGACAACACCUGAAGGAUCCUUAUGAGCGAGAGUUGUGGAGAGUUGAGAGUCCUAGAUCUGGGAAGGAAUAGUUGAGGAACAGUUGAUGAUCCUGUGAGAAAGAAGGAAUAGAGAAGAAAGAAUAAAAACCAGAAUGAAGAUAACAGCUAUAGAGAAUGGGUGAAAAUCUAAUAGGAAACAACAGAAGGUAAGAUAAUAAUCAAACAUAAGAAUAAAAGAGACAAACAAUAUGAAAAAAACAUGAAUGAGAAUAUGGAAGGCAAAAUAUACAUAUAAAUAAAGGAUAAAUAAUAAAGAAAAGAAAACACAAGAAGGAAUAUAGAGAAAACAAAAUAACCAAAUGAGGAAAAGAUGUCCAAAAUGAAUAAUAAUUGAGGAAUGGAGAACAAAUGAGACAUAGAAGUUGCUGAAAAUAUUUAGAUUCAUAACGGCGAGGUAAAGGAUAAUUUUAUAGCAUUAAAAUAGGGAUGCUGUCUUUAAGGAAUUUUUCUUAGUGGUUUUUAUAGAAAUGAAUAUUCUGUAGCUACUGUAGAUGAUAAUAGUACCCUGUAAUAGAAAUAAUAAAGGUAAUAUAGAAUAAUAAUAGAGAUAAUACCUGUAGUGUUACUAAUGAUAAUAGAAAUACUACUACUAAUAGUAAUUCUCCAUAUAAUGUUCCUAUCAGUUCAGAAGAAUGAAAUAAUUGCGUUUGUAUUAUAAUUAUAUAUUAAUACUAACACCCAAUUGAUCCUGUAGUGUAAGACUGAUCAAUAAACAAAAUAAUCCUCGUAGAA